GGACCGGAGAGCGGCGGGGCCGGUGCGCAGGGAGCGGCGGGUCGCUGGUGCCGUCCGUUCCCCCUCGGUGUCCCCCCCUCGGUGUCCCCCCCCGGUGUCCCCCCCUCGGUGUCCCCCCCUCGCUGCGCCGUUGUCCCCCCCCGGCCCCGCGAUGCCCAAUUUCUCCGGGAACUGGAAGAUGAAGAGCUCGGAGAACUUCGAGGAGCUGCUGAAGGCGUUGGGGGUUAACGUGAUGCUGAGGAAGAUCGCGGUGGCGGCAGCCUCCAAGCCCGCGGUGGAGAUCCGGCAGGACGGGGAGAGCUUCUACAUCAAGACCUCGACCACGGUGCGGACCACGGAGAUCAGCUUCUGCAUCGGGCAGGAGUUCGAGGAGCAGACGGUGGACGGGCGGCCCUGCAAGAGCUUGGCCAAGUGGGCGAGUGAGAACAAGAUGGUUUGUGAGCAGCGGCUGCUCCGGGGCGAGGGGCCCAAGACGGGCUGGUCCAGGGAGAUGACCAACGACGGGGAGCUCAUCCUGACCAUGACGGCCGACGACGUCGUCUGCACCAGGGUCUACGUCCGGGAGUGAUGCCACCGCACCAGUGUCCCCGUGUCCCCCCCCCGUGUCCCCUCCAGUCCCCCCACAGCCACAGGGGUGCAUCUUCCCCUGGGGGUACAGCAGAGCCCCCCCACAAGCCUCAUUCUCUCGCUGCAGCCAAAGCACCCGGGUGGAGGGGGGGGGGUUUGGGCUGGUUUUAGGCAGGUUUGGUUCACUUGGAUGUGUUGUGUUUGGACGCAGCCCCCGUGUGUCCCCGCCCCAGGUAUUUAUUGUCAUUGAUGUGGUGGAAGGAAACCCCCGAUGGCUCCAGAUGGUGGCUCCGUGGUCACAGAGCACCAGGGCCGGCCCCCUCCCCCGGGUCCAACCCCUCCCGGACCAUCCCUGGCCCUUCCCUCCGCUUCCCAAUAAAUGUCCUUUGCCCCAUGUCCCGACGUCCCGAUGUCCCGACAUCCCCAUGUCCUGCUCCUGCUGCCACACGCCCGAUCCUUGCGCAAGGGCCCCCAGGCAAAGGCAGUGGCCGCGUUGGCACAUCCCAGCGUGGGAAGCAGGGGGCAGCAAUGGGGCAGAGGUGGGGCAGCUAUAGGGCAGCCAUGAGGCAGCCAUAGGGCAGCUGUGGGGCAGCAAUGGGGGGGGGCCGCUGCUUUCCCCCCCUCCUCAGCAGCAGCAGGAAGGGUGUAAUUACACCUUCCCUGGGGAGGAGGAGGAGGGGGGGAUGAAGGCUCCGGUAUCUCCAGGUGGACACUUGGCAUCGCCAUUCCCAGACCAUGUCCCGGUUUUCCCAGCAUCCAACCGGGAUGCGGGACCAUGGCGGGGGGGGGGGUCAAUGGACCUGGCUCCAUCACCAAACCUGCCGCUUCCUCCCACCCCAAGACCCCACAACCACCCACCCGGGUAAUGGAAAACCAGCCCCCCCCCACCCCCCCCGCGCAAUUCCCGCUUCUACCCCCCUUUGGAAUAUCCGCUUUCCCCUUGGCUGCCCAAGGGACGGCUCCGA